AUGAGGCAGAAAGAAAUGGAGCUGCAACAUAAAUACGAUGAGGAGCGAAACCGUCCACAAAAACAAGAAUGGAAAAUGAAGAAGUUUCUGAGUGUUGACUCUAAAAUAAGUUAAAUUGUAAUUAUACUUGCCCUUAUAUAAACCAUUGAGGCAUUCUCAUUAAUUAUUCACUUUGCAGACUAGAAAGAAUUUGAAACAUCAAGUAAGCAGUCUAGGUAGAACGUAGGUGGCUCUAUUCUCGCAGGUAAUUAAAUUGCUAUGGCAGUCAACACACCCAAAAUAGAAAACUAUGAAAUACCUAAAGGAAAAGUCUAUGAACAUCUUUAUCAAAGCUCGAGCUAGCCUAUCCAACCAAAAGAUUAUUAGCAAACACCAAUGAAUGUACCGUAAAGCACAAAACUUGGUGGUUAAAAGGCGAAAUAGCAAUUUGAGGAAUCAAUCUUUGCCCUAGCAGGAAAUGAUUAAGUAUUCAAUUCUAAUCGUCCAAAUUACCAGUAGUAGUAGCAACAGAAUGAACUGCUUCCUUAGAUGAUGGACAUGAAGUAAUAAUACUAGAACCAAAGCAGGCAGUAGAAUAACAUCAACAGCUACUAGGAUAAUAGCUAUAACUAUAACAAUAAUGCAAGCCAGAUGGGUAUGAAUAACUAUGGAGGCAACAACAACAAUAACUAAAAUUCUUAAAAAUACCUCAAUCAGAUAAUUAAUGAUAGUCACAGCAUUAACUCAAAACCAUUGUCAAAUCAAAAUGACAGAAGGAAUUAUGGCAAAAAUUAUAUCUCUGAAAACAAAAAUAAAGUCAUUCACGAGCAACCUAAAAGCAAGAUCCUCGAUCCAAACAGCAAUUCCCCUAAUUUACACAAGAGCUUUGGUAAGGUUCCCAAGUAUAUCAAUCGCUUUUAAAAGCAAAAGGAGGAUGAAUAUUAUGACAGAAUCAGAGAGGAAGAAGAGGCUAGGAUACCUCCAGGCACAAGACAGAUGUCUGAGGAGGAAAGGUAAAGGACUUUGGUUGAACUAGAUCAAAGCAAAAAAGAGGUUAACAUAUUACUAGAAAAACUGCCCAUCGGCUCAAACACAUUAACUAUGCAGAGGAGAAAGAAAGAGUUAGAAGAGAAGUUGCUACGUAUUGAUAGAGCAAUCGAAACUUUCUCUAAGAAAACUGUAUAUAUCGCACUUUGA